AUGACUGAAGAAGUAAUUAAAGCCCUUAAUGUCAAACGCGGUAAUGCCAAGCGAUCUUUAGCAAUAUAUGAAAAUUUUUUAAAUAAAUACAAUCCUGAAAAAGAUUUUCUAAGCUUAGAAAAACGGUAUCAGGACAUAGAAAAAGUUCGUGAAAAUUUUGAAAUUGUUCAAACUGAAUUAGAAAUUUUACAGAAAGAAUCGGAUGAACUUACUAAUUAUCGUUUAGAAUUUGAGGAACAAUAUUAUAAAACAUACGCAAUCGCUACCAAUUUUUUGUCGGAUCGGAUUACGGAAAAAUUUAAAUCGUCAACUUUAGAUAAUACACCGCCAGAACCAAUAUUUUUUAGCGUUGCUUCAUCGUCGUCGUCGGCAGCAAAUAAUUUUGCAACAAAUUUUCCGGCAGCAUCUCUUGCAAGCAUUCCUUUACCGAUUUUCAGUGGCACUAUAGACACCUGGAUUGGCUUUUUUGAUUUAUUUAAUUCAUUAGUUCAUGAAGAUAAUAACAUUCCUCCCGUGAGAAAACUAUUUUAUUUGAAAAGUUGUUUAACAGGAGAAGCUGCGGACAUAAUAACUUCCAUCGAAUCGUCUGCUCAAAAUUAUGAUGUCGCGUGGAAUUUGUUAAAAGAGCGCUAUGACGAUCGAAAAUUCAUUCGUGAUAGUUAUAUCAAAUCGCUAAUUGACACGCCGUGCGUGUCAAAAGAAUUUUCGACCCAUGCAUUUUUGGAUCAUAUUCAAAAAUAUUUAAGAGCGUUAAAAAAUCUUGGUGAACCCAUCGACUCUUGGGAUUCUUUUCUCGUCAUAUUAUUAAAAUACAAAUUCACUAAUAGUCUCCGCGAACGAUGGGAGGAUCAUAGUAACGAAUCGCGUAUUCCAACAAUGAAACAAAUUAUGUCGUUUUUAAAUAGAAAAGCUCAACUCGAAAACACGCGAUCUCAGCAAUCUUCUAUUAAAAAAUUAUCCACCAAAUAA